AUGGAUGAAAAAAGUACAAAGGAUGAAAACUUCCGUAUGAUUAUUUUGUCUCAACUCGAGCAUCGAAACCUUAUAUGGAAUCAAUUCGAAUCAUUAUUUAAUUCAUCAUUAUAUCUGGUUUUUUACGGUGCUAAAUGCAUUUUUAGCAGCAGUAAAAAUGAGGAUUUGAGCCGUAUUUCGGAGUUAGAGGUCGAGCUCGCAGAAUUAUAUCGCAAAAAAGAGCAAAAUGAUCAGCAGCUUAUUGAAACCAAUAACCGAUUGGGUGUUAUAUCACAAGAAUUAUGUGCAGUCAAUUUAGUGAAGGAAGAAUGUCAGAAGGAAAAUCAGAAGUUAAAGAAGGAUUUGAUGGAAAGAGAGGAGGAAUUAGCUGCACUAAAAGAAUCAAAUAUUUUAUUGAAAGAUGAACACUUUGCUUUGCAAGCAAGUUAUAAUAGCAUAGAAAACAAAUAUCGAGAAGCGCAGCAAGAAAGAAAUAGUCUGAUUGAUCGAAUAAAAAAUCUGAAAGAGGUAGAAAUUCGAUGGUUCAAUGAACAGAAUGAGCGCGAAGAAGAAGAACGUCGUCGUCGUUUAAAAUUAGAGUUUGAAGCAGCGUUGAAUGCAUCACACAGCAAUGAGGAUAAAACGUAUGGGUUCGAAAUCAUCUGCGACACAGAUCAGGGCCUAGAUUACAUAGGCGACAUUAUUCCUGGGAAUUGCAAAGCAAAAUUGAAUUAUGGUGAAGAUGUUAAUGACAUUAUGUGGCAUCCAAAUGGACAAAUGUUUGCUGCAGGUGGCGGUGAUCAUAAAGUCCGUUUAUAUUGGCUUAGUGUUUCUUUGGCUGGUUCGAAUGAAUCAGUAUUACGUGUGGAUUUUUCGGGAGAAACUAAUCAAGUUCUCGGAGCUGGAAAUGAUAAUGCUGUUCGUAUUUGGGAUACAGAUGAUCAUGUAAUAAAGCAUUCGCUGACAGGGCAUGGAAACAAAGUAUCUUCCGCUAAAUUCUUCCUUGGUGGCUCACAAGUUGUGUCUGGAUCACAUGAUCGAACUUUCAAAAUGUGGGACUUAAAAACUUCGAAAUGUAAACUCUUCUCGUCUACUUUGCUUGAUACUUUUCAAUUAAUUUACUUUGGGUCUCCGAAGGUUAUUUUUGUAGGUGCAAGAACAUAUUUUACUAACUCAGUUGUAUAUGACAUCGUUUCAAGCGAUCAUUAUAAAAUGGUUGUAAGCGGUCAUUAUGAUCGUAAAAUUCGGUUCUGGGACCCAAGGCUGAAGGAACCAAUUCGUAUCGUCGAACUUGCCAAUAAAGUCAGCUCGCUGACUUUGUCGUUCGAUUCUACUGUCGUACUUGCAUCAUCAAGGGACGAAACAAUGUCGCUUAUCGAUUUGCGUUCUUAUCAAAUUAUUCACAUAUACAGUGCCGAUCAAUAUCGUACUGGGAGUGAUCAUAUUCGUUGCGCUCUCAGCCCUGGUCUGGAAUUUAUUGCAUCUGGGUCUAGCGAUGGAUCCAUUUUUGUUUGGAAUCUGAAAACAACGAAGCUGGAAAGAACAAUUCAAAAAAGAGGACAUGAAGUUUCGGAAAUCAAGUCCUUUGUGCUGAAAAAAUUAGUUCAUCUUUUCAGACAAGGAGUCCAUUCUGUUUCGUGGAAUCCCAAAGGAAAUAUGCUGCUGAGUGCUGAUAAAGAAAAGACCAUUUGCUUGUGGACUGUCUGA